AUGGCGCCACCACAGAUCAAACAGGACUUGAAUCGUUCUGGUUGGGAAACGACCGACUUCCCCUCCAGCUGCGAAAACUGCCUCCCCGACAAUCCUUAUGUCCAGAUGUUGAAGGAAGAACAUGGCGCCGAAUGCAAAAUCUGCACCAGACCUUUCACUGUCUUUCGAUGGAAAGCCGAUCGAACCGCUCGAACCAAACGGACCAAUAUAUGCCUCACCUGCGCUCGUCUGAAAAACUGCUGUCAAUGCUGCAUGCUUGAUUUAUCGUUCGGUCUACCUAUCACUGUUCGAGAUGCUGCCUUGAAAAUGGUCGCACCUGGCCCACAGUCCACGAUCAAUCGAGAAUAUUACGCCCAAGAGCACGAAAAGGAACUCGAGGAGGGUCGUGGUGCCGUGGAGGCAUAUGAGAAGACGGACGAGAAAGCGCGCGAUCUGCUGAGAAGGCUAGCAAACAGUGAACCCUACUACAAAAAACAACGACGUUUAGAGGCAGAAAACCCCGAGCAGUCGAAUGAGCAGAAGCAGGUUACAGCUGGUCCAGGCCCAGUCAGGACAUCUGAUUCGAGAAGAGGUGGAAACUCACAACGUGGUUCCCGUGCAGGUCCUGGUGGUGCCAGAGCAGUACCAGGAACUGCAAGACCACCACAACCAGAAGACUAUCUACCUCCGGUCGAUCCCAACAUCACCUCCCUUUUCGUCACCGGCGUUGAAGACGAUCUUCCUGAACAUGCCCUUCGGACCUUCUUCACUCCAUUUGGCCAGAUUCGAUCCUUGGUCUGUUCUCACAGAGCACAUUGCGCAUUUGUCAAUUACGCCACAAGAGAAGGAGCAGAGGCUGCCGCAGCCCACUGUCAAGGAAAAGCUGUUAUACAAGGAUGUCCCCUGCGUGUCCGAUGGGGCAAGCCCAAGCCCCUCGACAAUGCCGAUCGUGAUCAACGCAUGGAGUGGGCUCGAGAAGGUAGACAGACAGCUACUGCUGUCAAGAAUGCCCCAGGUGGAAGAGCGGGCAUUACAGCUGGUGCUGCGGCCCAGAUAGAGGGAACUGGAGAUGAAGACAGUGCCAGCACCAUUGUAGCACCUCCGCCGGGGCAGGGAGAUGUCACCUAUGCCAGUCUGGCUGGGGAUUGA